AUGGCAACACUGAACAUGCACAGUGUUGUAGUGACUGGGUCCAACCGAGGCAUUGGUUUGGAGCUGAUCAAGCAACUGGCAGAGAAGAGCAACCGGCCAGAAUGGAUCUUUGCUACCUGUCGAAAUCCAGAGGGGCCACAUACUCAGGAAUUGAAGAAUUUGGCUGCCAAGUACCAGCGAAUUGAGAUCAUUCCACUGGACACCUCUGAGCCAUCCAGCAUUAGAGCUGCUGCAACCAGGGUCAAUGAGAAGCUGAAAGGAGCUGGGUUGAAUCUUCUGAUAAACAGCGCAGCAAUUGGAAAGCUAAACAGUCUGGAAUCCGAGACGCUGGAGGACAUGUGUGAAGUGUACAAGACCAACGUGGUUGGGCCCUUGGUGUUGAGCCAGGCGUUCCUGCCCUUGCUGAGGAAGGCAGCUCAGGGAAAAAACCAGGAAGGGAUGAGCUGCAGCAAAGCAGCCAUUGUCAACGUAUCCAGUGAAGCCGGAUCCAUCACAAAUAUGUAUUUGUGGGAAUUAGGACAGAUCAUCAAUUACCGUUGCAGCAAGGCUGCUUUGAACAUGCUCACAAGAUGCCAGUCCCUGGGAUUUGCCGAAGACAAGAUCCUGUGCAUUGCAUUGCAUCCUGGGUGGGUGCAGACAGACCUGGGACAUACAAUGGGACAGCCCCCCCUGACAGUGGAGCGCUGUGUGCAAGAGACCCUGAAUACCCUUGCCCAGCUGUCUGAGAAAGACAACGGCACUUUUGUGAACUGGGAGGGGAAAGCCCUUUCCUGGUGA